GACGUAACAGAGCCGUGGGAUGAUCUGCUGAAAGGACGUACGUCGCACAACUUAGCCGAUGCUGAGGGGGAUCCGGUUCUCAUUAAAAGUGACAGGUUUCCUACAUACCACUUCGCCAAUGUGGUAGAUGAUCAUCAUAUGGGGAUCACUCAUGUUCUUCGAGGAGACGAAUGGCAGACCUCCACGCCCAAACAUCUGUUACUGUACAAAUCAUUUGGAUGGGAUCCUCCCCGAUACGCUCACCUCCCUCUCAUUCUCAACAAGGAUGGAACCAAACUUUCUAAACGAGGAGAUGACAUCCAAGUGGAGCACUUUAAGGACGAAGGUUAUUACCCAGAAGCUGUGCUGAACUACGUGACUAAAGUAGGAGGUGGUUUCUCAAGUGACGGAACUACCGGCUACUCCUUGGACGACAUGAUUCAGCAGUUCUCUUUAGAGAAACUACGUCGUAACUCUGGGAGACUGGACCCGGAAUUCCUGGAUGAAGCGAACCGUGUUCAUCUUGGCGCCAAGCUCAGCAGCAGUAGCAGACGGCAGGUUAUAGAAGAUGUCCAGACACUUGUCAAGGCCGGACAUAGUCACAGCUUGGGCGAAGGGGUGUUAAGAGAUCAGAUCCUCAGUUCGGAGUACAUUGGAAACAUCCUGGACUGUGCUUUUGAGGAGGGCAGGAUUGUGAAACCGAAGGAUCUUCUGAAAUCAGACUGGAGAUUUCUAUGGAGUGCUCCGCAGAGGGAGACUGUUCAGGAUUUGAAGAGUGCGUCCAUCGAUGUUGCACACUUGUUGGAGAGUUGCUGUCGCAGGCUGUCUGUGAUUAGUGGCUUUGAUGCUGAUCAGCUCCAGAAGGAGCUGCAGGAGCUGGCGCAAGGUGAAGGUCAUUCUGCUAAACCCGUCAUGCAUAGUCUGAGGCAGGCACUCAGUGGUUUGAAGGAAGGGCCUCGUGUGGUGGACAUGAUGAUGGCACUCGGGAGGGACCACACUGUACUGCGACUGAAACACACACUCCACAUCCUCACACUCACACAUGAAAGCUGUCACUCAUGUGUCACCCAGGUGAUAUCUACUAGGCGCCACAACACACGGUUUCAGGCCAAGUGAAUUCCCAACUGUUGCAAUACGUAAUAUUCCAGCAAUAUCCCGGCGUAGGACACCAGAAAUAGGCUUCGUCCAUUGUAUGC